ACUUGGCAUAGAUCAUUUCAAAACCCCUCCCACUAGACUUCCCUCGCCACCUUCAUCAACCCAUUCAUUAGAAAACAAUCGCAGUCCAUUUCUCAUCCAACUUCUCUCUCUCUCCAUCUAUUUUUAUCUCUACCUGUCAUUAUAUAUUCUCGUGUAUACUUAUAUUUCUAUAUAUAGAGCUAUACUUUGUGCUUUAUUGAGAUGAGCAGUGGCGGAGGAGCUAGGGUUUCAAUCCCAAGCAGUGCUCGCAAGACGGUCCAGAACAUUAAGGAGAUCGCGGGAAAUCACAGUGAUGAGGAGAUAUAUGCAAUGCUCAAAGAAUGUUAUAUGGAUCCCAAUGAUACCGUCCAAAAACUCCUGCUUCAGGAUCCAUUUCAUGAAGUUAAAAGAAAACGUGAUCGAAGAAAAGAGAACUUGAACAAGGAGUCCACAGAGUCAAGGUGGAAAUCUAGCAUGCCGGGACGCGGGAAUAGGGGUGGCCGAGGGAUCAAUUCUCCUCAUUACAUAACUCAUGAUGCUGGAGGUGGCAAAAGCUCAGCUUUGGGAAAGGAAACCGGAAACAACCAAGUUUCAGAGAAGGGUCCUGGUCCCUCGAUGUUGCCAAUCUCUCAGGAGACAAAAAACAAAGAAACAACUCCUGCUGCAUGCGCUUCAACUGUGAUAACCAGUCACCCAACUGGUAUAGCUUCUGGGAGUCCAAGUGUUGUUGAACAUGCUGAGCAUUUGUUUGUAGCAAGUGGGGUCAGCCAUUCUAACACGACUGCAGCUGCUGACAGUGGCAAGUUGGAGGGACCUCCACCUCUGGAACUCCCUAAUUGUGCAAGCAAAAACCCAACCAUUGCUUUUGGAACCGCAGAUAGAGAUGGACUGUGCAUACCAAAUUCCAAUAACUUACCGGAUCCUAUUACAACCACACUCCAUUUUUCGGCUUCAGAUCCUGUACUGGUGCCAUCUCAUGAUUCCCGGCUUCCCAGUGUUGUGGGUACAAUAAGGCGUGAAGUGGGAAUCCAGCGAACUCCUGUUGAUCAGAUCUCAGUUACCCCUGCCGAGAACAAAUCAACAGCUGCACCUUCUGAGGUUGGGAGCUCUAUCAUGCAAGGGAAGAUGUCGAGCAAACUCCAGGGAGCGGGAAAGAAUCAGCUUUCAGAGUCUUCACAGCCUCCAUCGUCUACUUAUAGUAGCUCUUCUGCUAGUAGGCCUUCAUCCAAUUACAAUAGUCGUUCACAGCAAGUAAUUGGCCCACAGAAAGUGGGUCAUAGUAAAGAGUGGAAACCAAAGCCAAUAAACCCAAGUCUUGCUCAAGGGUCGGUGACAGCUAUUACACCUGAGGUUUCCUCUGUUUCACUUGAAGCUGAUACACAAUUACGGCCUGCAUUGAGUGUGUUCGAUUCAAAAGAAGCAACUUCAGAUCUGCAAAGCAAGCUGGAGAAAAUGCUCAUUUCAGCAGGUCAACAAGUAAUUAUUCCAAAUCAUCUCCAUGUCCCUGAUGCUGAAAAACUUGGGUUCUGUUUUGGAAGUUUUGAUACUAGUUUUGGAUUAAACACAAGCUAUAGCAGUGUCCCUGAGAGUGACAAAAGUCCUCCACCUCUUUCGGAAACUUCUGAGGAGAUUGAAGAAACUGUGGAAGAGCAGUCCUCAAGCAAUCAAAAUGCAUUGGCAACUGCUGAUCAGGAUUAUCCUGACCAUUCGCAAUCCUUGUUGCAAGUACCGGAGAGUUCUUGUGAGGAUGAUGUCUCAUCCAGUGUGGUCCCAGAGUUCAGUGAGUCCAAGCAAGAGAAUGCUCUGCCCUCAGGAGGCCAUGAAUAUUCAGCGGCUCAUACUUCUCCUAGCCAAAGUUUUGGUUUCAUGCCACCAAUGAUUGGGAGCCAGCUUGCACCAUUUGAAAGCUCCGAGUCUCAAGCUCGUGAUGUUUCUCGUCUUCCAGGCUUUGUUGUUCAACAACCAUUUGAUCCUGCGAGCUACUAUGCCCAAUUUUAUCGGUCUGGUGCUGAAACUGAUGGACGUGUUUCACCCUUCCAUUCUGCUGGAGUUGCAAUCAAGUACAACAGCAAUGUUGCAGUAGUAUCUCUACAGACUUCUCAGUCUUCUCAAGAGGGUGGGAACUCUUUCAUUUUGACUGCGGGGGGCCCAACACCACUUGUGACUCAAGCUGCAGGGGUUAUGCAGAGCUCAAUAGCUCAGCAACCACUUCCUGUCUUCCGACAACCAACUGGGGUGCAUUUACCGCAUUACCCUUCAAACUAUAUUCCAUAUGGUCAUUAUUUCUCGCCGUUUUAUGUUCCGCCUCCAGCCAUGCAUCAAUUUUUAAGUAAUGGAGCAUUCCCUCAGCAACCUCAGGCUGGCAGUGUAUAUCCAGGUCCCCCAGCGGCAACUGCCAAAUAUUCGCUUUCACAACACAAGCCAGGAAUUAAUCCAGGAAACUCAACCCACAUUGGAGUAUCCAGCAGCUAUGGGCCAUACAGCUCCUCUAUAGCCAGUUACAAUCCCAGCUCCGCAACGCCAGGUGGAAACUCGGCUUCUAAUGAGGAUCUUGCAGCGAGCCAGUACAAGGACAAUAACGUCUACGUCAGUAGCCAGCAGAGCGAAGGUUCGGGCGUAUGGAUUGCUGCUCCGGGUCGAGAUAUGUCUGGCUUGCAGGCUAGUUCCUUGUACAACGUUCCUCAGGGUCAAUUGGCUUUCACCCCGACACAGGCUGGCCAUGGCACCUUUGCUGGGAUCUAUCACCCUCCACAAACGAUGACAGCAGCAACCAUUCACCCACUUCUGCAGCAGUCUCAAACCAUGGCUGGAGCUGUGGAUAUGGUUGGACCUACAGGUAGUGUCUAUCAGCAGCCACAGCAUGCACAAAUUAACUGGCCUAGUAGCUACUGAGAAAGGACCUGUUCCAAAACCCAAUAUUGGAAUAUUUGUGGGAAAUACAGGAAGUUUGGAAGGAAGAAAAACCAAGAACAUAACAUUGACUCUAGCUGAGUGGAUAUCUGUGAGAGCAAGAGGCGGUUGAGAAAAUUGGCCAGUAGUAUCUUUUGAUUGCUUGGGCUGAGGAUUUGAAAGAUAAAAUCCUCCUGUAACUGAUAUCGAAAAUUUUAAGUUUAUUGAGGCAGGUGCGUGCAAGUCUUCCCUCUCUUGUUGCUCGAAUAUGGUGAUGGGUAUACCAUUUUUCCAUUCACAAUCAUAAACUGUUUCGAUGAUUUUCAGCUUCAUUAGGAUCAUCACCGUGAGAAUUGAAUUUUUAAUUUUUAGUUUCUCUGGGUUUCUUCUUUUAUUUGGGUCUUUUAUAGGACUCCACCAGCCAGAAGUAAGAUUAGGUUUCUGGGGGAUUUUCCCAUUUUAUGUUCUGCCUUGUCUUUUAUUUUCUUUACAUGUAAAGCGAAUUUUGGUAGCAAGCAAUGAUGUACUUGAACUGUUGUAAUUUGGUAAUGGUAUAAGGAAAAGCAGC